CAAUCAAAGACCAAACUCAGCUUUGCAUUCAAUGGCUGGUACACAAUCAGCAAAAGUAUGUAAAACCAAAUGAUCACGGAGUUAUAUUAGAUAAUUAAGACACAGAUCUACCAGCAAUUUCGACCGUUGCAACGUCUCAAAAACGAAAGGCCAUGAUUCAAAAAGUUUGCUUUUUUUAUCUUUCCCUUCUUCUUCUACUACUAACCGUUGCCUCCAUAGAAACUGCAAAUCCUUAAGAUCAUCUUCUUCUUCUCACCUCAAAGUGAUAAGUCUCUUCUUCAACCAAAUACCCAGUUCUUUAAAUUUCUGAAUUGCUCGUUCUUGAUCAGAAAAAUGGCAGCUUUAGCACCUGGAAUCCUUCAAAAGCUAAUCGACGGUAUGAAAACAGGAAUCAAACCAACCAGAGAGCAUCGGAGCUCUAUCUUACAAGUCACAGAUAUCGUCCCAAUCGAUCUUGACGAGAAGUCUCUGGAGCCAAACCAAGGGUUUCUUAUCAAAGUCUCUGAUUCCUCUCACUCGAUCUAUGUCACUCUUCCCUCGGACCAAGAUGAUGUCAUUUUAAGCAACAAGAUGCAGCUUGGUCAGUUUAUAUAUGUUGAUAGGCUCGAACCCGGAUCCCCUGUUCCUGUCAUCAAAGGUGCAAAGCCAAUCCCUGGUCGGCACCCAUUACUCGGGACGCCGGAGCCGUUGAUGGGUUUGAAAGGAAAAUCCGAACAAGUGACUGUAUCGAAGCCGAGAAGAGGGUCUUGGGGACAAAACAUCGAUGUUUUGUCACCGUUUGUAGUGAAACCAAUGCUAUUGGACUUAGAACAGUCCACGCCGGCGAAGAGGUCUAUUUCAGCUAGAUUCGCUGCGUCUCCGGUAAGAAGAGCACGCGGAGUGAGAUGCUCUUUUGGUGGAGGGGUUUUGGGGAAAAUGGAAGGAGAGAGCCCGGCGACGGCGAUGCUGAGGAAGAGUUGUGCUGUACCGUCGUCUUCCAAGUUUCCGAGAAGUAAAAGUGUCUGUGAUAGAGAGGGCAAGAGGAAUAAUACAUCAGCUUCUCUUCUUAGUCCUUUCAAAUUCUCUCUAGAGGUUCAAGAAGAUGUUGUUCCCUUGUCAACUUCGAAGAGGUCGACUUCCUUAAGACAGGAAACUAAGAUGAUAAAAUCUGAGAAAGACACCAAUUUGCCAGGAAGGCUCAACACACUCAGCAAGGAAGCAACUCAGCUUCGGGAGACAGCUCAGAAGAUUGCGCUUCAGGCAUUGCGCGAGGCUACAGCUACGGAAACUGUUGUCCGUCAUCUCAAGACGUUUGCUAGUCUGAGCAAAUCAGCCAAAGCUGAAUGCCCUGCGAUGUGCUUUGAGAAAUUCAUGCAGUUUCACAAGGAGAUGGCACAAACUGUAACUGAAAUAACAUCCAUUGAAGCAGCUGCUUUGGAUGCUGAGAACAAGUCACGGAACAUAAACUCAAGAAACGAAAAUCAGAAACCAAGAGAAGAAGAGUCUCCUUCAAUCCUGCAUGAAAUCGCGUAUAAUUCAAUCGAUCAGGAGAAAAGGAGAUCAAAGAGGCGGAUUAUCCUGAAGCAGCAGAGUGAAGGGACACUGAGAUCAAAUGAUGAGAACAAGAACCCAGCUUGUGGCGGGAUAGGCAACACGAUAAGGUUAGCAAAGGAGAUUGAGGACGAAGCUGCAAACUGGUUCAUGGAGUUCAUCGAAAUGGCUCUGGAGAAAGGUAUGAAGAAAUCUAGAGGUCCUGAUGAUGCAGACGUUAAGAAAGUUCCGCAAUCUGUGAUUCUCAGUGUUCUAAAUUGGAUAGAAGUCGAACAGUCUGAUAGCAACAACAACAAGAGACGUGCAGGCCAUCCAAAAGCAUCAAAGAUCACUAGAAAGCUUAGAAUUAAAUUGAAGAAUCCUUGAAACACAUUUACUUUUAAUGAAUACAUUGAAUCCACGUUGUAGCCUUUUGCAGCUUACAAGUCUUUUGUGUUCUUUGUGUAAAAAAAGAAUUUUCACAUAUUACUGAAGUAAAAGGAAUAAUUCACAGAUUAA